GUUAACGAAUCCGGAUACAUUCCACAAGCUCACUUCGGACCAAAUGCACAGUGAAACAUACAGGUAUUGCUCUGUUGCAGUCCCCUAAAGUCCGUUUUAUAUGCUCAGGAGGGGAAAAGGGUGGUUAAAACGAACUGUGGACUGUCGAUUUUUAGGACCAAGAUGCCUUUAAACCACUAUAAGGGCGUUUCGCAUCGACAAGGGAAAUGGCACCGGUGGCGCCCUCUGUGAAGAUAUAUGUAGUGUCUACAUGUAUAUAAGUUGAACACACCACACGCACGCACACACAUAUAAAGGACGAUUUUACUGCUCACACUUAGCUCAAUGCUACACCAGGAACAUCAAUGAGUGAAGAAGGAUUUAACGGCAAAAACGGUUCCAAUUCACAAAACACUCCAGCAGAGAAUAACAUAGGAAAAAGAAGGGAAGAAAAAGAAGAUAUGGGGGAGUCUUCACGAUCUGCAACUGCCAUCAGCGUGCUUGCCCUGUUGAUCGCCACAUCGUCCUUGGUACUGGUUGUCUUAGUAUGGGUCAGGCCAGAGCUCAUCAGCCCCCAGAGUGCGUCAACGGCUCAGUUAACAACGCUGGCUGAGCAAGCCGCCACUGAUGCAGCGACACAGAUAAAGACAAUGGUGGAGGCCCUACGCAGCGACAUAGAAAACCAGGCAGUGACACAGCGCACAUACACUUUCUCUUAUGGCAUAAACUACCCGCCAACAGAUUACCUUGACAGAAACGGGUUUUUGAAGGGCCUGAGCAGCGACCUAAUGACUGAGGUCUGCAAGGCAGCUAAGAAGAACUGUACACACGUAGUACGCUAUAACCCCCCAACCUGUUGGGAUUCACUUAAAAAAACGGGGGAAGGUCUUCAGAAUCGCGAGGUGGACGGAUGUGUUGGAUUUUAUAGGACAGUGGAACGCAGCAAUGUUUUUGCUUUUGUCGGUAACAUGUAUGAACCACCGAAAGGUGCUUUCUACACCAAAGUUGGAGCAACAGUCGACAUUGCCACCGCCAAGAUAGGGUUUCGCCAAUUGUUUUACACCGACGCCACCUGUUUGACCAGGAAUUCGGUCACAUUUGACGCCGAUGCCAUUUAUGAGACAUCUGCACCAACAUGGAGCGAGCUGGUCACCAAGCUCAACGCCAGUGAGAUCGACGUUAUAUUCGCCCCCGAGGACAUCGGCCUCUUAGCAAACCUCCAAAAACUCCCAACCACCUACGAUUGUACCAUCGGUAAAGGCGGCGUCAUGGUGAGGAAGGACAUGAAAAAUGACAUGAUGUGGAUCCAUGAAGGCUUGGAGAAAAUCAAGGAGUCAGGAAAAUUCCAGGAGUUGUGCGAUAACUCGCUGAGAGACCACGGAGGAGCCAAUAACUGCUUGACUGUCUAGAAAGUGAAACAUGUCGUCCAGGCUCAACUCUGUGGCUACCAGAGCAAGAUACGAAAAAGCGCAAUCUAUCCAAAGUGAAUUUUAAAGAUUUAAUCAGUAUUUUAAAUUUAUGCAAACAGCUCAUUUGCAUUUGAAUAAUUUCUUCAACCAGUAAUCUGAUCCCUGCUAAUAAGUAGAUAUUCCGUACAUCACGAGAAUCAUAUUGCGAUUCCGUUGCUGUACAGCUUUAUGGUAUAUAGUAUAAUAUGUAACAAAAAUUUGUAGUUGAUAGAUUUGCAAUUACUAUGAAAAUGGUGAGCUUUUUUCUUACCUUUUUUACUAUGUGUGUCUUAUGUGUAGGUGUAAUGAGAAAUAAAAACUUUACGUGAUGUGUUGAAUA